GCGCACAUUCCUCCGCCUCGCGCGCCACUGAGCGGAGCGCCGCCGACCCGGGCCGCGCGUGGCUGGCCGAGCGACCCGGCCCCGCGCCUGCCCCGCCCCGCGCCCAGGGGUCCCGGGGCGGGCUCCGGGUACCGGCGGACGAUGCGGCGGCGCGGCCGGAGCGGCGGCGGGAAGCCGAGGCGGAGGUGACGCGCGAGGGCCGGCGGGCCGGGCCAUGCAGCGCUCCGGGGCGGCCGCGGACGAGGCGGCGCUGCUCCUGGCCGGGCUGGACCUGCGGGAGCUGCAGCCAGGCGGCGACUCUCCGGGUCGGGGGCGGCGGGGGCCGCGGCCCGGGCCCGGAGACGAGGCGGCGCUGGCGCUGGGCCGCCGAGGGAAGGGCGGCGCCGGCGUCCCCGAGGCCGGGACGGACGGACUGAGCCGCGGGGAACGAGGCCCGCGGCGCGCGGCGGCCCCCGAGCUGAGCGCGCAGCCUGCGGGCAGCCCACGGGUCAGCCUGGCGGGCUCCGACGGCGGCGGCGGGAGCGCCCGUUCCAGCGGCAUCAGCCUGGGCUACGACCAGCGCCACGGCAGUCCGCGCUCCGGCCGCUCGGACCCGCGCCCGGGCCCCGGGCCGCCGUCGGUGGGCAGCGCCCGCUCCAGUGUGUCCAGUCUCGGCUCCCGCGGCUCUGCUGGGGCUUAUGCCGACUGGCUCCUGCCCGGCGCCGGUCCCGCGCCAACCCGCUCCCCCGAGCCUGUCGGGCCGGCCCCCUUCCCUCUGCCUUCGCUCCCGCUGCCCCCGGGCCGAGAGGGCGGCCCGAGCGCGGCCGAGCGGCGGCUGGAGGCGUUGACCCGAGAGCUGGAGCGGGCGCUGGAAGCGCGCACGGCGCGGGACUACUUCGGCAUUUGCAUCAAAUGUGGGCUUGGGAUCUACGGAGCAAGACAAGCGUGCCAGGCAAUGGGGAGCCUGUAUCACACCGAUUGCUUCAUCUGUGACUCCUGUGGGAGACGGCUUCGUGGGAAGGCGUUCUACAAUGUGGGCGAGAAAGUGUACUGCCAGGAGGACUUCCUGUACUCCGGGUUCCAGCAAACAGCUGACAAGUGUAGCGUGUGUGGACACCUCAUCAUGGACAUGACCUGCCAGGGGCUCAGAGCCAGAGCCUAUUCCGGGGGCUGUGCUGAGCCUUCCACCUGCACUGACCCCUCAGUGCCUCCCACCCCCAGAUCCUCCAGGCCCUUGGGAAGUCCUAUCACCCAGGCUGCUUCCGGUGCUCUGUGUGUGGUGAGUGCCUGGACGGGGUGCCCUUCACUGUGGACGUGGAGAACAACAUCUACUGCGUCAGAGACUAUCAUACGGCUUUUGCACCAAAAUGCGCCUCCUGUGCUCGUCCUAUUCUCCCUGCACAGGGUUGUGAGACAACUAUCCGUGUGGUGUCCAUGGAUAGAGACUACCACGUGGAAUGUUAUCACUGUGAGGACUGCGGGCUUCAGCUGAGCGGGGAGGAUGGACGCCGCUGCUACCCGCUGGAGGGCCACCUGCUGUGCCGCCGCUGCCACCUCAGGCGACUCCGGCCUGGGCCACUUCCCUCACCUGCUGUGCAUGUCACGGAGCUCUGAGCUGGAGCAGGAGCCCGACCCUGGGGCCGUGUGUGUGUGUGUGUGUGUGUGUGUGUGUGUGUGUGUGUGUGUGUGUGUAUGUAUGAGGGCAGGCGGGAUGGGUGACCCAGGUUGGGCUGAGCUCUGCGUCAGGGUGGCACAGCCACUCCUCCUCCAAUGCCCACCCUGCCAAUUGCCACCAAGCUGCUGUCCGAGGGGCCGGCCCCACGGCGAAGCUACUUCUAUUUAUUCACCGUCUGUGCCUUCUCCAGCUGCUUCCCUCAGGCAGGCUCUGCCCACCUCCCCCCACCCCAUCCCCACCCCACCCCAUCAAGGAGGGGCAGGCUCCCAGACCGCCUGGAUGGAGCCAGUUUCCUGUUCAGAAUGGGCCAGGGACCCCUUUGCAGAGCGCUGGGAGCAGGCGGUGUUUGGCCUAAGGGCGCACAUAUUUGUGUGUCUCAUAAGCGGCUUGCACACCAGUAUGUGCCUUGUUUGGGUGGGGUCACAGGAUGGUGUGGGGCCUGCAAAGGAGCCCUGCCUUUGGCCACUGUGGUCACUGGGAUUUGGCCACUUGGAUUCCAGUGGGUGUUUUCAGCCACAAUCCCACCCGGGGCUCCCAUCCCUAGCUCCUGGCUUGGGACUCCCCCACCCCUAUCUUUCAGCUUCGGAAAAGAACCACGCGAAUCCCAGCCCUGCCCGCGGGAGAGCGCCGCUGCAGGAAAGCACUGGAUGGGGCUCCAGGACCAACGCAUAUGAUUUGACUUAAAUUAAGUUUUUCCAUUGAGAAUGUUUUCAUUUUCUUUAAAAGAAUAUAGUUUUCUUCUAAAACUUGGCCCACGUUGUUAUUUUUAGGAAAGUUACAAGAAGCAAAUGUCCACUUGUAUGUCAUAUUUUCAGGGUAAAAGCAUUGUAGUUUAACUAUUUUUGUAUAAAUGGCUCUAAAAUCUCAA